GCUGGACCAGUUGCCAAUGCUAACGCAUCAAACUACGGCGAAACGUCACAAUCAAGUGCAGCAUCGUCAAACAAAGGAUACUCCGAGAGUGACAUAGCUACGUUAACUAACCUGGGAGUCAGUAGACAGGAGGCGAUCCAUGCAUUGGAUAUGGCAGGCGGCAACUGUGAAGUCGCAGCUAGUUUAUUGUUCCAAAACUAAGAUUGUUUGUUGUUGGUAGUACAGAUAUACCAUAAAAAGGCAUGAUUCUCUCAAGCAAAAUGAAAACAUUUCCCUCUUGUUAUUUUUUUUUAAAUACUGUCUUCUCCCCUCUCCAUUUUGUCAUGAAUCCUAGUCACCUCUCGGACCCUGAGCAGUACUAUAUCAAACAGGAACGAAUAGGCAAAGGUUCCUUUGGCGAAGUUUUCAAAGGCAUCGACAGACGAACAAAUCGCCCUGUUGCUAUUAAGAUCAUUGAUUUAGAAAAUGCUGAAGAUGAAAUUGACGAUAUUCAGCAGGAGAUUGCCAUUCUAUCUCAGCUGGAUUCACAGUAUGUCACAAAAUAUUUUGGGUCACACUUGAAAGGCUCCAACUUAUGGAUUAUCAUGGAAUAUUGUUCUGGUGGCUCCUGUUCCGACUUGAUGAAAGCUGGUCACAUUAGAGAGGAAUACAUUGCCAUCAUACUUAGGGAGUUACUUCGAGGUCUCGACUACCUCCAUAAUGAAGGAAAGCUUCACAGAGAUAUAAAAGCUGCAAAUGUACUGUUGAGCGCAAAUGGAGAUGUCAAAUUGGCUGAUUUUGGUGUUUCAGGUCAGCUCACGGCUAGUCUGACCAAGAAAAACACGUUUGUGGGAACUCCUUUUUGGAUGGCACCUGAAGUCAUUAAGCAAUCCGGGUAUGAUCAUAAGGCUGAUAUUUGGUCGUUGGGUAUAACUGCCAUCGAGUUAGCCAAAGGAGAGCCACCAUACGCUGAUAUGCACCCAAUGAAAGUCCUAUUCUUGAUCCCAAAAAGCCAUCCACCGACCCUGGAGGGUACCUAUAGCAAGCAUUUCAAAGAUUUUAUCAAUGUGUGUUUGCAAAAGGACUCCACUCGAAGACCAACUGCCCGUGAACUACUCAAGCACCGCUUUAUCAGAAACGCAAAGAAGGUAUCAUAUUUAACGGAACUGAUUGAAGCUCAUGAACGAUGGCUUCACAUGGGUAAUGGCAAAGACAGUGACUCGUCCGAUAACGAAGAGAAAGCUGAUGAACCGGAUGAUGACGGAUGGGACUUCGGAACAGUACGACAACCUGCAGAUUUCCGGUCACCACUUCCAUCUCAGUCUUUGGGGAUGAGACAAACAACCUCCACAGCUACCUUGACACAAAUGUCUAAUAGCUCAUCCGCUCAAAGUAUACAAUAUGCACCACCUCCUCAACAGAGGAUGCAAACAGGAGGACGACUGCAGCAGGCGGGUACGAGACAAUCAACUUCAUCGAUCAACCAAAUAACAAAUGGUAUUCAACGUAUGACUUCGAGAUACAGUAUGGACGAAUAUGGUCAAGAUACGGUUAGGGCCAAUAACAACAACAAUGAUAUGCCCCGACCGUCUAUUCUAUCUAGCGUUUCUUCCUCCGAAACCUCUACACCAUUACAUAAUGAAGCUGUAUUUCAAGAUACUGUUACAUCUAUUCUUAGCCAGCUUCAUAAAAGCUGCCGCUCAAAACGUGGACAAGCUGCCAUUGAAAAUCUAGUACAUGCCUUUGAGCUGGCAGAGCGAGAGCAACCAGGCACCAGCCAGACUUUGAUAGAGGAAAGCAUUCGUCGUUUACACACCGAACGAUGAGUGAGUAAGCGAUGAACUUUUGGACCUCCUAGUCGCCACUCUUUCCUUUCAAAUACACUACUGCGAACUAUCUGCUGGAUACCCCUUCCUUUCUACUGAUUCACUCAACGGCUUCCAUACCUUUCUUGUGCGAUUAAGGCCAAUGUUCCCAAGUAAACCCCACUAAAUAAAGUAAAAUUGAAACCCCCAAAAAAGUUUGACAAUAGAUCGAUUGAAUUUAAUUUAGAACUGGA